CGUUGACGAGGUUGUUUAACGGAACUUUUAAGCCUCAUGCAUAUCAGCGUCUUGCCUUUGGGAUCACAUCAAUCUACUCUGACAUGACUGACAGAUAUUAUACUAAAGUAUCGGGCACUGGAGAGUACAGUAGCACAAGCACCGCAUCUGACGAGCAUGGCCAUGAAGCUAGUCGACGUCACCCACGGCAGAGCCGGAAAGGACGAUCGCACGAGCGGCAUUCGGCUACACCUACAACGAGAGAGCUAAAGGAUGACAUUUGCACGCCACAGCGGGACGCCGGUCCACAUCGCCGUCGAUACUCACAGUCUUCGUCCUCUGAAAGUUCAAGAUCCCCCGCUUGGGACGCUCGACGACAAGAGUAUGUUUCCAAACAGUCGCGAGGAAACAAGUACGACGUUGAGCGCUCCGGUAGUUACCCUCGGAAGGGUUCGCCGAAAAGCAGAAGGCGAUCUUCAAGUCCCAACGAAGAAGUUCGACCACGGUUCAAGCCCCUAGAGAGAACUUGGAUGCCUGAUGCUCCCCCAGAGAAGGAUGAUAAUGAUUGCACAUUCACACUGAUGACCUACAACUGUUUGGCCCCGUCAUUGGCAAAUGCCCACUCGUGGCUUUACGGAUCGCAGCAAAAGCAAUAUGGGCAACAAGUUCUAAAGUGGACCGUUCGUGGACCAAAUAUUGUAAAGGAAAUUGCUGACAGAAACUGUGAUAUUGUGUGUCUACAGGAAGUGGAUGACCGAUACUUUGGGUCAUUCUUCGAGCCAGAACUUGCACGACACGGGUACAAGGGCACAUAUGUACGAUGUACUGGAACCAAAACAGACGGCGUAGCGAUCUUUGUGAAGGCCAAGAGGUUCUUUGUUGAGUGUUAUCAACAUAUCCAAUAUCAUCCAGCCAAAGAUAACGUAGCAAUCAUUAUGAUCCUUCGAGACCCAAACCUCGGACGGAAGAUAUGCGUGGCUACCACGCAUCUAUUGUGGUCACCAUCGCGCGGAGACGUCAAGCUUACUCAAUUUCUCAAAUUGACCCAAUACAUGAAGGAAAUGAUUGAGGACCAUGAGAAACAGUCCGGUGCCAAUGUCCCGCUGGUGCUCUGCGGAGACUUUAAUUUGAACCCGGGGAGCGUUCUUUACAAUUUUUUGGUUUCGGGUGUCAUGAAUAUGGCCGACGCCGAUCCUAAAAACAUGUCAGGACAAUUUGACAAGCAAAGUAGAAAAGGCAAAAAGCCACAACUAUUACCCCUGCUGCAAUCGAGCUUUCCUCGCCAGUCACAGCAGUCCUCCCUGAGCAUGGGGGUUACGACAAGUUGUGCGAGUGCCACUAUCACAGUGGAGAAGGGGCACAAAACAACAACGCAUCUGCAACAGUCCUUUUCCGUCUCAGAGGUUGUGAAAAUGGACCUGGACAUUGAUGCUGAUCUGGAUCUUCCAGAAUUCAUUGAGGAUCCGCCAGCUCAAUCCGUAACUCAAUCUUCUGCCCCGUGGAUAGGGACGGCUUGGGAGGCCUCUCCAGCGUUCCAGAGACGUCAGGACCGCGACACGGCAGGAGGAUUCGUGCGACAUCCAUUUGAGUUACUGUCGGUGUACUCACCAUAUGUGGAUCCCCAAACAAAACGGCCAUAUUUUACCUCAUGGCAUGAGAACGACAAGGAAGUCAUGGAUUACAUUUUCAUUGGUGGAUUGCGAGCUCAAGCUCGCUCCCACCCAGGAAACAUUAAAAAACCUUCGACAGUCCUUGAGUGUUUACGAUACCUUAAACCGCCGACUGAGAAAGAAACUACCGGAAAGCUGCCCACACCUCGAGUUCCAAGUGACCACGUCUCGCUAGUCGCUCAGUUUAGACUGAAAGUGCACGACGAUGAGGACGCUGGUGACUUGCUUCUGUCAGAUAGUGAAUAGUUGGCAUAUUGUUGGGUAGCUUCCUAGGACGCAAAUGAUGGUGUGUGGUAGUUGCCAUUCGGGUUGCUUCAUCUGUUACUAUAUUCCCUCGUUGCAUUCGUGCAGAAAUUAAAUCCUGUGUGCAUUGUACGACA